GUUGAGGAGGCUUUCCACGAGCGCCGGCGGCGGCGGGUGGCGGCGCCAAAAGGCGGCGCCGCUGGCUCCUUGCCGGAUCUGGGGAAGAAAUCGCAAUCACACUCUCCUCUUCCAUAAAAAAGGCUCCAGACUACUAUUACAAAGGCACAGCAAUAUCCAGAUUAAAGAAAAGAGGUGGCACCAUGUCUGGCGGCGUAUUUGCACAAGAAGUUUCGACAGACUACAUGAACAUGUACAAGAUGCGAUCAAUCACUGAUAGGGUUUUGCAUAGUUUUGUGAAUAGAGAUCUUGAUCGAAGAGAGCGUGAAUCUUCUGCAGCCCUUGCGCAAAUUGAAGCAAACUUACUGAGCAGUGGAGACACUAGUGUCACACAAUCUGCUGGUGAGGCUACUCAAAAAAAGAGAAAAAGGACAAUUGAUUUGAACCAGGUGCUCAGCGAUGAUGACAAUGAACCUAUCCUACCUACAGACACCAACUCUCUCUUUGGCUACAACAGCAACAGCUCCAUAGAUGCCAUGGAGCAGGAAUGUAUGAGAGGUUCUAAUUGCAGAGCUGAUCAUGGAAGGACACUUUGCACACCUGUUGCAAAGCAUUUUGGAAUGAACACGGACUCAUUGGCGUCUGCAGAGGAUGUAAAUGGUUGAGGAGAGCAGGCUGCUGAAGUAGAUGGUGCAUCCAUUGAUGAGCUGCUGGACAGAUUCCCACCCACUCAGGAAGAAAAAGAGAUGGAUAACAUGUUUAGUGACACAAACUAUCCCACACUCAGUGAGAUCGUAUCUGCUAUUGCUCCUCAAGAAGGGAUGCAUUUUGAAAUGGAUGAUGUAGCAUUUUACUUGUUUGCUGUGUAUGCAAGACGCAUGGGAUUUGCAAUUAAAAAGAACACAAGCUACAGGUCAAGGAAAACAGGUGAAGUGAACAAGAGAUUGUUUGUGUGCAACAAGCAGAGACACAACGCUGCUGACGACAAUCCUACAAAGCAGAGGAAAACUAAUUUCAUUCAAAGGACAAACUGUCAAGUAAGAAUGCUAGUUAAAAGGGAGAGUGGUCAGUGGUAUGCCUCACUUGUACACCUCGACCACAAUCAUGACCUUAUGCCAUCUGAGUGGUUGGUUAGGUUCAUGCGAUGCCACAAAAAUAUUUCAGAAAGUGACAAAAAGUUCAUAGAGAUACUGCAGAAAAGUAGAGUUCCCCCACGAAAGGUUAUGACAAUAUUUCGAUCUCUAAUGGGCAGUUUCAGAAACAUUGGCUUUGAUGAAACAGAUAUAGGUAAUAUGAGAUCUGCUGAGAGAGAAAAGCAUAAGAACAGAGACAUCAGAGAUUUGCUGGAGAUGUUCACUAAAGAGCAAGUGAAGACCCCGGGCUUCUACUAUAGCAUGCAGGUGGAUGAGAAUGACACGGUGAGGUCAGUGUUUUGGACAGAUCUGAUGGGACGCAAUAACUACCACUUGUUUGGUGAUUACAUCUCUUUUGAUACGACGUUCAGUACGAACCGAUACAACAUGCCAUUUGCCCCUAUUGUUGGGGUCAACAACCAUGGAAACACGGUCCUUUUUGGCUGUGCACUUCUCCAAAAUCAAAAGACCAGCACAUUCAAGUGGCUAUUGGGGGCAUUUCUUGAUGCAAUGGGUGGAAAGAUGCCAAUAAACAUAAUAACUGAUCAAGACAAAGAAAUGUGGAAAGCGAUUGCAGCUGUUUUUCCUGAUGCUACGCAUAGAUUUUGCUACUAGCACAUAUUAGAGAACAUAAAGAAGAACUUGACCAGCUACUUGUCUGCACGUGGUACUAUGGGGGCUGAGCUGAGAUACGUUAUAAGGAACACAUUCACUCCAACUGAAUUUGAGGAUGGGUGGAAGGCUGUAUUAGUGAGACAUGGAGUUGAGAGCAACGAAUACCUACAGCACCUAUUUGAGAUCAGAGCCUACUGGGCGCUAGCUUACUUCAAGGACAAAUUCUAUCCAUUUUCAUCCACGACUGGGAGGAGUGAAAGUACAAACUCACUAUUCAAGAACUAUGUGCUCCCAAGAGACACAAUUCUAAACUUCUUUGAACAGUAUCAAAUCAUUCAAGAAAAACAAAUCAGCAAGUUGGACCGCAAGAGUUAUGUGUCGCAGGGGACAACUUCGUCUACUUGGUCUAUGACUCUUUAUGAAGAGGAAGCAAUGGCCAUUUUAACAAGAACAAUUCUUGGGAAAAUGCAAAGGGAGAUGCGCAACAGCACAGCUUAUGUGGUGGAGGAGGAGCAAGGGCUGUCAUUCUUGUUGAGAAGGGUGAGAAAAUAUGAUAGGGCUGAAUAUGAGAAGGAUUUGUACAGAGUGACAGUUUCUGAGGAUGGUCAGUUCUAUACAUGCUCUUGCAACAAAUUUGAGAGAGAUGGAAUACAUUGUUGUCAUGUGUUUAACAUUGCUACCAGGAGAGGGAUGACUAAACUACCAGAGUCAUUCAUCCUUCCCCGGUGGACAAUUGCAAUGGAUGCACAGAUUGAUGAGAUGCUGAGGGGCCAUGUGGGCAAGAACAACAUGGAGGCUGAUAGUUCAGUGUGCUAUGCCAUAAUGAUGAGCAAGAUGUCCAAAGUUUGUGCAGAUAUGUCUUGUGAUGAGUCUACAAGUUCAAUGUUUUUGCAAGGUGUGGAUGAGCUUGUUAAGGCAAUUCACAGCAUAAAAGCUGGCGUGGUAGUUGCUGAACCCCAUGUUAUUACUGUGGGUGGAACAAAACAAGCAUCUGAAUCUGAAAAUAUGAUAGAAGCACCGCACACCUACAAGGACCCUCCACAAUCUCAAGCUUCAAGUGUAGCUGUGGGUGAUAGGUUGAAGCCAAUUCAUGAGAAGAUCUUGAUACAGGCUAAAAAGAAAAAAGAACCUCGAAAAUGUACUAUUUGCAGGUCAACUACGCAUUUUAGAAACAAAUGCCCUGAUGUGAUGAAUGGUGCCACAGAGAAAAUAGCAGAAAUAGGACCAUAGGAGUGUACGGGCGCAAGAAAAAAAGAGGAAAAAAAGUGGCAUGAUAUUAAUUUAUUACUGUUUAAACAUUAAAGUGUAUUGACUAUAUAUGUGUGUUGGAUUGCUGUGCUGGAAUGAGACGGCUAUA